AAUAAGAUCUGUACUGUUGUUCUUCAUCGUCUCGCUGAUUUCUCGGAUUUGGAUCUUUGAAGAUUAUCGGGGGAAAAAAAUGGCAGCGAUUUACAGUCUUUACAUAAUUAACAAAUCUGGUGGUUUGAUAUUCUACAAGGAUUGUGGAACAAAGGGAAGAAUGGAUACGAAUGAUAGCUUGAGAGUAGCUAGUUUAUGGCAUUCAAUGCACGCCAUUUCUCAGCAGCUUUCACCUGUCAAUGGCUGUUCUGGCAUCGAGCUUCUCGAAGCCGACACUUUCGAUCUCCAUUGUUUCCAGUCUCUCCCAGGAACAAAGUUCUUUGUGGUUUGUGAACCUGGGACUCCUCACAUGGAGAGCCUCCUUAGAUACAUUUAUGAACUCUACACUGAUUACGUCUUGAAGAAUCCUUUCUAUGAGAUUGAAAUGCCUAUCCGUUGCGAGCUUUUCGACAUCAACCUUACUCAAGCUGUACAGUCAGAUCGUGUUGCUUUGUUAGGACGAUGAACUAGAGAUUGAUUCUCUGCUAGGAUCAUCUCACUUCUUUGCCUCUUUUUUUUGUGGUUUUCUUAUCCUGAUAACAUUUUGUAUGUGAGAUAACAUGUGAACGUUGUAAGAGAACCUAAGUUUACAACUAGUAAGUUUCCUUCUCUCCCUUACAUU